AUGUUUUAUUAAUAUAUUUUGUUACUAUUCCAAAAUAUUUACAAAGUAUCACUCAUAUCUAUUAGUAAGCCAUAAUGGCAUUUACUAAAAACGACGUAAAAUUGUCUGGAGAUGUACCAAAAACAUUAUUGUUACAAAAACAUUCCGAUUAUUUAGCCAGCUACGGAUUGAACAAGGAUGAUUUUGAAUAUUGCAUGACGGAACAUCUUCGAAUGUCUGGAAUAUAUUGGACAUUAACAGCUAUGGAGCUUAUGAACCAAUCAUCAAGGAUGCCAAAGGAAGAAAUCAUAGAAUUCAUAUCAUCUUGUCAAGAUAAUGAAAGUGGAGGUAUAUCCGCCAGUAUAGGACAUGACCCACAUAUUCUAUACACUUUGAGUGCGGUGCAAGUACUUGCAAUGUAUGAUAGACUGGAUGCUAUAGAUGUUGAAGGUGUGGUUCGGUUUGUUACAUCAAUGCAACAAGAGGAUGGUAGCUUUUAUGGUGACAAAUGGGGUGAAGUUGAUACAAGAUUUUCUUUCUGCGCUGUUAUGACAUUAUCCUUGUUACAACGACUCGACGCAAUCAAUGUUACCAAAGCUGUACACUUUGUAUUAAGUUGUAUGAACUUUGACGGUGGCUUUGGCUCUAGACCGGGAUCUGAAAGUCAUGCAGGUCUUAUUUAUUGCUGUGUUGGAACACUGUCAAUAUGUAAGAGAAUGGACGCCCUACAUGCUGAUGAGUUGGCGUGGUGGCUCUGCGAGAGACAACUCCCCAGCGGUGGACUCAAUGGUAGACCAGAGAAAUUACCUGACCUCUGUUACUCCUGGUGGGUGAUGUCAUCGUUAUCAAUGUUAAACAGGAUACAUUGGGUCGACAAGGAUAACCUCGAGAAAUUCAUACUUGCAUGUCAGGAUGCUGAAACUGGUGGAUUUAGUGACAGACCUGGCAACAUUACAGACCCAUUCCAUACUUUAUUCGGUCUCGCUGGUUUAUCAUUACUGGGAAAUACUAGUAUUAAGCAUGUAAACCCCACAUACUGUAUGCCUCAAGAAACAAUAGACCGAUUGAAAUUGGAACCACAAAAGUUACAUAUUUAGUUGUUAAGUAUUAAUUUGUAUUUAAAUAUGUUAUUAUAAGAAUAUUUAAUAAAAUAUAAAUUAUGGUGAAACUUGGUUUGUGGUGAACAAUUUACGAAAGGUUGUUUAUACUUAUUCGGAGCUUGAUUUUAUUACCAAAUAUAUU